GGCGGCUCCUCAGCUAUGAUUACAUGUGAUCUUAGAACGGAAGUAGUUCGACUGGUGAAGGCCAAAGUCUCAUGUUAUUUUGCGCAUUGAGAAAGGGAGCGACCAGAGCCACAAUGCAUUUGUUUUACUUUGUUUCGCUUUUACUCGGUGUCUCCAUUUUAUCUGGAUCUCCUUCUCUCUCGCUGCGUGCAGAUUUGAAGAUAAUUGUGGUUUCUCGAGUCAAUGGAACAGACAACAGCACGUGUUGGAAUGAAACUACAGUUCCUUGUCAAACUUUGAACUACGCUUUGAAACAUAUGUCCAAUUCGACUUUUGUGCGGCUACGAUCAGAGGAGUAUUCUUAUAACCUAACGGAACAUUUCAACUUUACUGGCUUACGAGAGAUUGGAUUAAUUGGAGACGAAGAAGCUGUAUCUGUUGAUUGUUUUCAAAACGGAAGUCUUUCUUUCGUAGGGAGCGAAAACAUCACGUUGGAAAGAAUUUUGCUACGUGGUUGUGGAGGUUUGCAUAACAGCACAACUGGUGAUGCGUUUAAAAAGUAUGCUCGCAUACCAUUCCUCUCGGCUGUUUAUCUCUCUGACUGCAAGGACGUGAUCGUAAAUAACUUCAGUAUUGUUCAAAGUCCUGGGAUUGGCUUGAAUAUGUAUGAUGUAGGAGGUGAAGUUCGCAUCUCGUAUUCCCGGUUUGAAAGCAAUCAACCACUCAAUUCCACACCGGAGGAUAUAGCAGUUGCUGGAGGUGGUGUUUAUAUCGAGUUUACCUUCAAAAGCGAAACCAGUAUGUCAGCAUUUCCUUCCGAUUUAACGAAGACACCGCGUACAUUUGAUAGUAACAGCACUUACAUCUUUCACUAUUGCACAUUCAGAGAUAACCUUGCGAAAGAUCAGAAGUUUUCAACUUUUAUUGACAACCCUCAUGGGAAUGAUCAUAUUCCCUUUGGAAGGGGAGGAGGGUUGUCAAUAUUUGUGAAAGGUGUGGCACAAAAUAACGUCAUUCAGAUAACUCACUGUCAUUUUGAAGACAACUAUGCCCUUUGGGGAGGGGGAAUUUUCGUUGAGUUUCAAGAUAAGGUGCAGAACAACACUUUAGAAAUAAAUAAUUGCAAUUUUACAAAUAAUAAUGCUACCUACGCAGGCGGAGCCAUCAGAAGUGGGACAAUAGCACAUAGUAACCAUCGGCAGUUACUUCCAAACCAAGUGAUGAACAAGGGCUGUUUGUUUACAAGUAACAGCGCAGUUCUUGGUGGCGGAGUCUCACAUCAUGGAAUUGGCUCUUUGUUAAAAGUAGAGAAUGACAAAAGCCUCAAUAUUCAAUUCACAAAGUGUCACUGGACCAAUAACACUGCAACAAUGGGUUCUGCUAUCGGCCUUGCAGGUGAGGCACUUAUUAUUGGCAGUCAGGAUUUGACUUCAAAAGGACCCAGGCUUGUUCACAGCAUCAUUCUUGAAGACUGCAAUAUCACCAAUAAUCGAAUUGUAUUAACAGAAGAUGGAGAUGUCAUUGGUCAAGGAGCAAUUUAUUCAUACUCAGUCCCUGUCAUCUUUCAGGGAGUUGUGAACAUUGAGUCUAAUAACAACACUGCAGUGGUUACUGAGAAUGUUAUGCUGCAUGUUGUUGGUAAUGUUACCUUCCGAAACAAUACAGGAGGACAGGGUGGUGCAUUAGGAUUGUAUGGCACUUCAGUUAUAAUGCUUAUGCCGGACAGUAACCUUAAAUUUUUUGACAAUGUUGCACUGCAGCAAGGAGGAGCAAUCUACGUUAGAGAUUCUGGUCCACCUGUUGUGGCAUUUAACACAACUGAGCUGAAUACACGGCCAUGUUUUAUUGCCUUCAACAACACCUUCAGUCUGGAGGGAGUCAAUAAAUGGAAAACCAGGGUAAUUUUCAAGGGGAAUAAUGCUUUGCAAAGUGGCGGCGGGAAAUCUGUUUAUGCAUCAACUCUCCAAGGAUGUCGCCAAGCCGGACAACCUCGUAUAAAUAACGAAUCUCUUCAGUGGCACAAUGUUAUUGAGUAUCAAGAUCCUGAUAUAAGCGCCAAAGAACAGAUUUCUACUGAUCCUGUGAAAAUAAAACUCAUUGAAAGUGAAUGGGGGGUUUCUCCCAGUGAGGUUUUUAAUGCUUCUGUGGAACUUAUUGAUGAAAAAAAUAGCUCAGUGUUAGGAAUUGUCAACUUAAUCAUCACUGACAACAAUGAUCGUACUGUGAAACUUGGUACCACUUCAAACCUGUUUCUUAUUCAAGGUAAUUCAACCAAAAUUAACAAUCUACACCUUUUGGGAAAGGUGCAGAGCAAGUUCAAAGUGCAAGCCAGCACAGUUGCAGGUCGGGUUGUGCAAUUUUCCUCUAAGCCAUUGCAAUUACAUUUUUGUCACCUUGGCUUGAAACAGAAGAGUGGUGAAUACAGUUGUACAUGUUUGAAACAGCUUGGUAUUUCACAUUGCAGUGAUGAUUUCAAAUUUGUGUUCUUAAAAAGAGGAUACUGGGGUGGAACAAUAAGAAAAGAAAAGAAAAACGAGUUCAGCACAUACCCUUGUCCACCAGAUUACUGUGAUUUUACUAAACGUGAUCCAAACUUUCAAUACAACCCCAACACUCUAUGUGUUAAAGGCCGCAAUGGAUCAAGUGUUCUUUGUGGGGCAUGCAAAAACAACUUCUCUGUAAACUUAGGAAAUGAAAUCUGUACAGAAAAGUGUGACAACAACCAUCUGUGGCUUCUUGUGGUAUUUUUCAUAGUGACACUAUUCUUGGUAUUGAUGGUACUGCGUAUCCAGUUGGACAUCUUUACAACAUAUCUCAAUACUUGGUUGUAUUCCUACCAAGUAAUUACAUUUCUUCUUCAAGAGGGACAAAACCUUAACUGUUUUAUUAAAUUUGUCAUUGGCAUCGCCAAUUUAAGAAUGAAAGGCUUUGGCACUUGUCUGUUUCAUGGAAUGACCAACCUUCAAAAACUUGGUAUUAAUUACAUCCUUCCUUCAUAUGUUCUUCUGCUACUUCUUAUUUUGGCCAAGAUUGCAAAGUGCCGCCCUACAUGCUACAUAAAUAGGAAUGUCUCGCAAGCCUUGUGCACUCUACUAGUUCUCUGCUAUACGAAUAUUACAAUGAUUUCGUGCAACAUCAUUCACUAUGUUCCCAUACAAGGAAGAUGGGUGCUCUAUGCAGAUGGUAACAUUGACUUCAUAACAAAUUGGAAGGAACACUUGCCAUUCACUAUCAUUGCUUGCUUGUGGUUCAUCCUUUUCAUUGCAUUUGUACCAUUGGUUCUUUUAUUCACUCCCUGGUUCAUGCGGCAUUUUAGAUUUUUAAAGAAUUUCAGGUUAUUUUUCGACACCUUCCAACAGUGCUUCAAAGAUGAAUACAGGUGGUUUGCGGCAUUUUAUUUCCUCUGCCGCAUUUACAUCUUGUUUAUUGCUCUGUUUGUUCCGUUCUCACCUUUGAAGAGAUCCAUCUUAGAGGUUUCCUGUGUCUUAAUUGUGGUGACAUGCCUCUACCUUCGGCCAUACAAGAGUAACAGGAAUGGCAAUGCAGAUUAUGACUGGUUGAAUACUCUUGAUGCUGUGCUUCUCACAAACUUGUGUUUUGUUGUCAUAUUUAGCUCAAGCAUCAUCAGUGAUGCCUCAUUAUCUGUUCAGAGAGGGCUAGAGAAAAUUGUCAAUGUCUUGGCUUAUGUCCCACUUGCUUACCUUCUCUGCCUUGUCUGCUAUUAUGGAUGGAAAUACUUUUGUCCAAGGAACCUGGACUUUGAUCAUCAUAGAAUGGAACCAGAAACUGCAUCCUCUACUGCUACUGGAAGUACUCAUCAAAGUCAGGCAAAGCCCAUAUAGAGCCAUAGUACUGUUACACUGGUCAAACUGUUUGAGCACACUGCAAUUAUUUUAAUUAGUAAUUGUGCUCUUUUCAGGGAGCCUCGCCUAAGUGAGCAAUUAGUAAAUAGCUGUUGCUUGACCCUACCCCACUCAAGGGUUAGUCGUCAGAUACUUUUUUCAUUUGCAGUACUCCAUGAAUUUAAUGCAAUGGUAACAUGUUAGUUAUUUGAAGUCAGCACUAUGCCCUGGGUUGAUUGCCAGCAGCUGUUUAGAAAAUGAGCCUUACUGAAGAUCAGACUUAAGAAAAGGAUAGAAAUUGGGCCAAGCUGUGUACUGGUCUUUAAAACUGUCAUAGAUGAAAAGCUGGGUAAUAUGAUGGUUUUCCAAGUAAAACAUUUUUGACAAAAAGUAGAUAAAUAGUAAUAAUGACUGAAUUAUCAACAAAAAAGACCAACAAAGAGUUAAGAAUUAUUGCAACUUUGAGACCAAAAAUAGCUUUGCCAUUUUUUCAGUUGUGAAUAUAGAAUUGUAACACAUUAUCAAUAGUCAUUGUUACAGAUGCUGCAGAUUGAAAGCUUUUAUUCAGUCAUUAAACAAUGUAUGAAAUGUGCUUAGGGAAAAAAAAGCCAUUUUCUUUGUUCAAAACUUAUCACUAAAUUCAUUUCAAAAGUUUCUCAACUUAUUGUUAAAUUUAUCUCAAUGAAAAGUUUAAAUUUUUGCUUGAGGUUGAGUUCAUUUUUUAAAUUUUCUUACAGAAGUGGAAGUCAAUUUUUUUUAUGAUGAUGUUGGUGACAGCUCAUCAGAAUCAUAGUAAGAUGUAACAUUGCUCAAAAAAUACUUUUACAUCUUUGCAUUGAGUCAAUUCAAGUUAAAUAUA